AUGGAAUCCGAUAUCGUUCCUGAGUUGCAUCCAGAGGAAGCUGUUCAGUACGGCUGCAUCGCAGAGCAGGUGCUCGCACAACCGGAAGAGCUGCUGCAACGCGAGCAGCAACAAACACUGCACCAACAAGCUUUUCGGCGGGAGCUCAAUCUGCAACAGGAUCAGAAGCACUGCUCCCGGCAGCAGCAACGUCAGCAGAUGCCGUUGCAACAGCAACAGCAGCACCAAGGUUAUUCAACAUGUGGGGGCGACGAGGGUGUGGAACCUGCUGGACCACUUUUUGUCGAGAAGAUGUCUUUAUUAAUGGAGCAGUUGGCGACUUGUGGAGACGAGACGAGUGGACGGCCUACUGUAGCCACACGAUUUGACUCUAUCUGCCCUCCCGCCACUACCAUUUCGGCUUACAUCCCCCGCCUCUACCGACACUUCCGCUGCUCGGAGGAGGUAUUCGUCUUCGCGUUGAUAUAUUUGGAUCGUGUGAUCCGAGAAAACAACAUCAAGAUCAACGCACUCAACAUCCACAGGCUUGUUCUAGCGGCCAGUGUCAUAGGGGUCAAGUUCGUGGAGGAUGUGCGGUACAGCAAUCGAUACUAUGCCAGGGUUGGUGGCGUGGGGUUGGCGGAGCUGAAUCGGCUCGAGUUGGCGUUUUUAAAGCUAGUCAAGUUUGAUCUUGCUGUAUCGAAGGAGGAUUACGAGACGUACCGCAAGACUGUGCUCCUCGCCUGCCCUAGACGUUCCGCAGCCGAAACUACAACUUGUCGAACAGAGCAGCAGCUUUCGCAGCAGCAUGCGGAGGCGAAUAGCGCCGCUUCCUGCGAGGAGGCGCCAGAAGGUCCUUCCUCGGGUGCAGCUUCGAAGGUUUCUUCAGACGCCGCAGGGGACGAGUUCGAGUCGACAGCUGCUACUACCACGGCUACUGCUACUACUGCGAAUAUCUCGAGCACGCCUACUGCUGCCGAACCGCCGAGGGCUCUGCAUGCGCUGGCUCAGCAGCAAGACAAAUCUCAGGAGACUCAGCAGCAGCAGCAGGAACAAGCCUCUUGCUUCCGCUGUUUCGUGGCAGUAUCCAAUUCGUCAACUGUGUCGACGACUCCGGAGUCUGGUCCUCCCUAUGUGCCGCCUAGUGCUGCAUGUGGCACUGCGCCUUUUCGGGGGGCUGUUCAGCAAGGUCACAUUCAAGACAGGAAUGUUCGUGCAGCUCACCGAGACGAGAGCGCUUCUCAGGAGGAGGCUUUGAGGAGGCAUCUCGUUCAACAGUGGCACCAGCACGGGGGAGAGCGGCAGUGGCAGAAUUGCGGUAUGGGGUUCGUCGGGAUUCAACACCAGGAGCAGCUCCCGCUGCAGCAUGCGCGUCGCGUGUUGCAGUCGCAGCAUUACCAACUGCACUGUUGGGAUUGCGCUGCUGCUGAACAGCAGCAGGUUCCGAAGCAGCCGAGUCGGGUGCACAGUCAGGAAAGGGUUCAAGAAAUGCAGCAGCAGCAGCAUCACCAGCAGCUGCUAAUGGCGCAGCAGUUGCUCCUGUUGCGAGACUAUCACCAUCAGCAGCAAGUGUUUCAGGAACAACACCAUCAGCAGUUACUUCGCCAACAGCAGCUCCUCAUGAUGCGCAAGGGAGAAUACAUCAUGUACGAGGCUUCUAUGUCGCCAAGCAACAGCUUUGCGCCCUCCCGGAGCAGCAGCAGAGAUAGUCUGUCCUUGUGCGGUGGCUUUGGAAUGGAAACUGAUGACAAGAUGACCACAGCUGCAAGUGAUGAGGAGCUGCAGCUCGCCAGCCCAAUGAACGCUCUAAGAGACGUGCUCGCUGCAGAGGCUCCCUGA